AUGCCUGACAACAAAUCCAAUUCAAAGUCAACCUCGGCAUUAGUCUCUGCGACUUUACGAGAACAUACCGCGCCGCUGACCGAACGGACUGAAGCCAUCGUCUCAGCUUCGCAAUCGAUAGACGCCCAAAAACGAACUCUGGUUCAAGAUACGCAAAAGCUAUCACGGCAGGCGGAAGAGCUCGAGAAGGCGAUAGGUCAGAGCGUUGACCAGCUCAAGGAGAUGGGCGAUCUUCAGAACUGGGCUGAAGUUGUGUUUCGAGACAUCUCGGUAAUCGAGGAGACUUUGAGAAUGGUAGAAGAGCAAGAAGCUGGAAACGACCAAGUGGUUGACGGUGCCGAUAGGGGAAACACCUAG